AUGGAGCCUUGUGACCCCUCCCCCCUGCGGCGCUUUGUGGUGGCAAAGCAGACCAUCAGCGGUGUGUUUGAUGUGCUGCUGGUGUUUGUGAAGGAGGGCUCGGCCUUUGUCGAGGAGGCAUGGAGGAGUGCUGACCUGGGCCCGGUCGCCGUGGAGGAACAGCUGCUUGAAAUGCAGACCUGCACCACCAAACUGGCAACCAUCAGGGAGGUCCUCCUUCGAAGACACAUGAAGGUGGCGUUCUUUGGCAGGACUAGUAAUGGGAAGAGCACAGUGAUAAACGCCAUGUUGAGAGACCGCGUGCUGCCCACUGGCAUCGGUCACACCACCAACUGCUUCCUGCGGGUGGAGGGGACGGAUGGCGAGGAGGCCUUCCUCACCACAGAGGCCUCCAACGAGAGGAGGAGUGUCAAUACGGUUAACCAGUUAGCUCAUGCCCUGCACAUGGAUCCUGCUCUGGACUCUGGCAGUCUGGUCAAAGUGUUCUGGCCCAAAACCCGCUGCGCCCUGCUGAGAGACGACCUGGUUCUCAUGGACAGCCCUGGAACAGACGUGACGUUGGAGUUGGACAGCUGGAUCGAUAAGUUCUGUCUGGAUGCCGACGUCUUCGUCCUGGUGGGAAACGCAGAGUCUACGCUGAUGAACACAGAGAAACUUUUCUUCCACAAAGUCAGCGAACGUAUUUCCAAACCCAACAUUUUCAUUUUGCACAACAGAUGGGACGCAUCUGUGAGUGAGCCGGAAUACAUUGAGGACGUGAGGAAGCAGCAUCUGGACCGCUGUGUGAGUUUCCUGGCCGAGGAGCUGAAGGUAGUCAAUCUGGAGGAGGCACCCGGGAGGAUCUUCUUUGUAUCGGCAAAAGAGGUUCUGAGCUCCAGGAUGCACCGAGCCCAGGGCAUGCCCGAGACAGGUGGCGCUUUAGCAGAGGGCUUCCAUGAGAGACUGAGAGAGUUCCAGAGCUUUGAGAGGACGUUUGAGGAGUUCAUCUCACAGUCCGCGGUGAAAACGAAGUUUGAGCAGCACACUGUCACCGCCUGGCAGAUCACCGAGGCCAUCAAAGCUGUCAUGGACACCAUCAACAUUUCCUCUGCCGACAGGAAGAUCUACUGCCUGGAGGAGCGGGAGGAGCACAGAGACCGUCUGGACUUCGUGCGCGGGCAGAUUGACCGUCUGACCGACAGCAUGAAAGAGCGGAUCAAGACUCUGACAGAUGACGUGGCUGCAAAGGUGGAGUCGGGUAUUAUGGAUCAGAUCCGAAGCCUGCCGGUGUUGGUUGACGAGUUCAGAGCGGAUUUUAACCCGACACAGGACACACUCACCCUCUACAAGGAGAAGUUACUGUGUCACGUGGAGGAGAGGAUGGUCAACUCACUGGCUUACCGCUGCACCACAGGGAUCAUCAGAGACAUCCAGUCCACCCAGAACUACAUGAUCGAGAGUGUCGGCCCACUGCUGUCCCUGCCAGUCCAGGAGCAGCUCCUCGGCCCCAGCACCAAGUUUGAUCUGACCUACGACCUCAGCCUGGCGACCCUCAGUGCAGAUUUUCGAGAGAAUAUCGACUUCCAGUUCUCUCUGGGAUGGACCGCCCUUGUCACAAGAUUCAUCGGUGCGACCAACGCCAAACGGGCACUGGCGGGCUGCAGCCCAGGGAUUCAGCUUAGCCUGCCCUGCUUUCAUGUCCUGUCAGACCAUCCUGGUUUUCCCUCUUCGGGCGCAGCUCCGGAAGGGACCACCUUCAGGGACGAGCUGGUAGUUUCCGUGGUGACAGGUCUGCUCUCGCUCACCUCACGUGCCUCCAUGACGGUGCUGCUCAUCGGUGGAGUGGUGUGGCGUUCAGUGGGGUGGAGGAUCAUCUUCCUCUCUGUCUCGCUCUAUGGUCUUCUCUACCUGUAUGAGAAGCUUAUGUGGAGCAGCGCAUCGCAGGAGAAGCUGCUGAAGCAGCAGUUUGUGGAACAUGUUGGCCACAGACUGAAGAGCGCCACCACCGCCGCCGCCACCGCCAGCCGCUGCAGCCAGCAGGUCCACCGGGAGCUGAUGGGCACUUUAAGCCGUCUGUGUCAGCGUGUGGACCUGACCGAGGCUGAACUGGAGAACCAGAUCCGCCAGCUCAGCUUCAAGAUUCAGAGACUGGAGAACAUCCAGAGACGAGCCAAAGCUCUCAGAAACCGAGGGACUGAACUGGAGGCUCAGCUGGAGGCGUUCUCUGUCCAGUACCUACAGCAAAACACCUGA